UGCCCAGGCCGAGCUGGCAGCUGCUGGGGUUCCUGCAGGGCAGCCACACGUCCCUGCAGCGGGCCCCAGCAUGGUGAGACGGGGCCUGGGCAGCGCUCACAGCAGGCACCUCAUCAGGGUAUGUGUGGUGGAGGCUGCAGGCACCAUGUGAGCAGAUCUGCUUCCCUGCAGUGCUGCUGCAGCUCUGUGGGAACCUGCUGUGUGUGUUCUUAACGUGCUGGGGAAUAUCACUUACCUGCAUUUCAGUUCAAAAUGGCCUAAGAGAAGCUUACAUCAGCAUUCACUACCUCCCAGCUCCUCCCAAUACGUAGUAAGAAGUCACCACACUAUUGAGUGAUUUGAAGUUUCAGAAAAUGUUCAUGAAGAACAGAUUGUAAGCGCUUUGUUAAAUUCAUGUUAUGUUUCUUCCAUGCUGUAUGUUUGAGUUUCUGGAUUAUUUGUGAAGCCUCUGGAUGAGCUGUGGGGUGGCACAGGCGUUGGCACAGGGUCUGUCAUGGCUGUGCCAGUGCCUCCAGCAUUCCUGCAGCAGCACCCUGUGCUCCUCGCCCACCCUGAGGACAGGGAGCCUGCUGGGAGAGGAGGGUGAGCCCCUGGGGCUCAGGCUGCACUGACAUCAUGCUCAAAGGUUGGAGCUGCUUUGGGAGUGAAGAGGGUUUGCUUUGUUCUGUGUGCUGGAUGCGUGUCCAGCACACUGGUGCUAAAGCAGAGCUCUCUCCUGUUUGGCUCAUCAGCAAUAAUGUUUGCAAUUACUGGUCACUAGCACCUCUUUUGGACUCCUCAAGUAGUCUGGCUGUUCAUGUGACAUUAUUAUUAUUUACUUAGGGCCCAGACUUGCUCUUUUUUAUUGCCUGCAGCACGAUGUUUGUUCAGACUUGGCAUUGUGAAGUGUAAACCCAGGUCCCACUGGCACCAGUACUCACCUCUGCCUUUCUAGAAGCAGAUCAGUCCAUGAUGCCUGAGGUGCGAGACCUCACCGAUGCCCUGCCCGACCUGUCGAUGGAUCCCAUCACGGGCGUUGGCGUGCUGGCGUCCCGCAGCCGUGCACCCACUGGAUAUGACGUUGUUGCACAAACAGCAGAUGGCUUGGAUGCUGACCUGUGGAAAGAUGGCUUGUUUAAAUCCAAGGUCACUCGGUACCUGUGCUUCACCAGAUCAUUUUCAAAAGAAAAUAGUCAUUUAGGCAACGUCUUGGUCGACAUGAAGCUCAUUGAUAUCAAGGACACUUUACCUGUAGGCUUCAUGCCCAUCCAGGAGACCAUUGAUACACAAGAAGUAGCUUUCAGAAAGAAGAGGCUCUGCAUAAAAUUCAUCCCUCGAGAUUCCACAGAGGCAGCGAUCUGCGAUAUCCGAAUCCUGGGGAGAUCCAAGCAAGCCCCUCCGCAGUACACGUUCAUAGGGGAGCUGAACAGCAUGGGUAUCUGGUAUCGGAUGGGCAGAGUGCCACGCAACCACGACUCCGCGCAGCCUGCGGCUCCUCCCGCCCAAGCACCAGCUUCAACGCCCGCUCCCAACCUGCCAAGGCAUAUCUCGCUGACUCUGCCAGCCAGCUUCCGGGGGAAGAGCCACAGCACCCGCCUGGACCUGGAGCACCAGCACUCCAACCUGUACGCCAUCUCAGCAAUGGAUGGAGUGCCUUUCAUGAUUUCGGAGAAGUUUGCCUGCGCUCCUGAAGGGAUGCAGCCGGUUGAUCUCUUGGGUAUCACAAUCAAAACCCUUGCAGAAAUCGAAAAGGAGUACGACUACAGCUUCCGGACGGAGCAGAGCGCGGCCGCCCGCCUGCCGCCCAGCCCCACCCGCUGCCCGCCGGUCCCGCCGUCCUGAGGGCCCGGCCGGAGCGGCUGUGCGUGCGUACUACUGAGCGGGACACGGACACGGCGAUGGAACCACCCGGCGGGCUCCGUGUCCGGCCUCCGCCACCACCCUGCGCUGCGCCGCCCCUGCACACGCCGCUCCGCCCGGGCACCGCGGCCCUGCCCUCGGCAGCUGCCCCCCGCCCCGCUGCAGACCCCUCUCCACGUGAGUACGGACUGAGCACUGGGAGCCUGAGGCAGCCCCUCGCUCAUCCCCACUUGGUAGCCCUGCUGCAGGACAGUCACAGAAUCCAGAGCUGUAGCAAACCCCUGCAAACAUGGCCAGGAGCUUGCGGAGCAUCGAGAAAUCCCUGAAAGGAACAAUGAAAGGCACGGCUGGGUACUGCCACACGAGCAGCUGUGGAGCUGCUGGGCUCUCCACCCCUUGCAGCAGGAGGCUCCUGCGCCACUCGGUCCAGUGCAGAACUCAGCUGCAGUGAAUGCCAAGCCCUCUGCCAAGGUCUGGGCACAGAAGUUCCGCUGUGGCUGGAUCAGUCUCAGAUCAACUGUGGUCACAGGAUUUGCUGUAGGCUGCAGGAGCCACGGCCCCUGGCUCUCCCUGGGCACUGGCAGGGCAGGCAGGGUGCCCAAGGUGCACGCAGGUCCUGACAUGAAGCACCUUCGCUUUGCACAGUGUCCAUCUGUCCAUACGGAUCUAGGGCAGCAAGCAUCCCGUGUUUCUUCUGGAUGGAUGCUGGCAGCGACACCCUGGCAGACCCUGUCUGUGGCCCACUGACCCUGGCCAAGCUGCCUGUGGACCUGCUGACAACUGGGAUGCCAUCACCUGCCUUUCAUUGAGACAGCUCUCUAACUGUUCCCAUCUAGCUGCUAAAACAAAAGAGAUGUGCCUGUUUCCUGGGCAUUCAUGGGGAAGCACUGAACACUGACGUGGCACAGGAUGAGAGUGGGAUGCAUUAAACCCUGACCUCUGCCUCCCUGUGAUCGCUGACCAGGCUUGCUCCCAAGCCAAAUGCAUGUCUUGGAAAAGUCCAUUGCUGUAAUAAGUUAUUUACAAGUGCCCAUCUGACUCUGUGCUGCUCUUUCAAGUCUCUGCUGUAGAACAAAGAUACAUCAUGGCAGCACAAUGGCAAUUUUGGAGUAAGAGUUAAAAUGUACAACUUUUUGUAUUGUAAAAUACUGAUUCCCUGACCCCACUGAAAUGCAAUUGCCAUGGUAACAGUGCUGUUGCUCUCAGCCUGGGUCAUACUUGUGCCCUGACCGACUUUGCACUCCCUUGGAUUGAUCUGGCGUUUGCUAGUUGCACAGAGCAGUAACUAACAGCAGUUUUUGUACUGUCGGCUAAUAUUUUUUAUUUGCGCGUAAGUAAAAUAAUUCUUGUCCAAAGAUUCAUUGGUUUUAAGGCACCACACUGUAUUGCUGGGAUAAAGAGCACAAAAUACAUUUGGGACAGACUUGAGUCCAGAUCUUUGCUUCAGCUUCUUCCAAUCAGGUAAAUAAUUUUCUGGAGCUGCGUCUGCAGAGCGGCCAUGUGGUUGGAGAGAGAGGCCAGUUUGGUAGCAUGUACAUUGUUUUUGGGCAAAAGAGUUAAAGCUGUGCACCAGCUCUGGAGCCCUUGGGUGACCCCCUGGAAAUGCUCGUUUACUUGGAGCUCACACCACCAUUUUUAGUUGUUAUUUAUCCUGCAGUAAAGAAAAGCCAGACCUCACUGCCAGGCUUCACAAAGGCCAGAUUGAUGAUGCCGACAUCGACAAAUGAACAUACCAUGGCAGCUUGGUCAUUCGGCUCAGGUUCACUUCAAGUUCAAAUCCACUCUAUGCCGUAGUGCUGUGCCCAUCUCAUCCAUCUUUUGUCUUUCUAUUUUUCUGCUUGUAAUUUGUUCUGUAGUUUUCUGUGACAUCCGUUUAUAGCUUCUCCUGUGGCUCAGUGGUCACAGCAGGUAGGCAGGAGCUAUCUGCAGCAGUGCGUUCCUCAUAGCUUUGGGAUGAGAGCUGACCUGGCUGUUCAUGGUGGAGGAAUGGGGGCUGCGGACUAGCACAGGGUACAGCACGGUCUGCAGAGCUGCAGGGCAGUGCCUGCCACUGGGAGAUUGAGACAGCUGCCAGGAGUCCCUCCUGGACCCUCCUCUUCCCAUGAGGGCAGCGGGGGCUCAGCAAGGAGCAGGUUCUGAGAGCCACCGAGCCCCACAGUCUGUGCCACACUCCCUGGGUAUGUCUGGGAAAGUGGGUGCAGAGCUUCAAGCCCAUUAUGUAAGAGAGAAUCAGUGCUUUAGUAUUUGUACCAACUGCUGGGUUUGCUCAGCCUUCUUGGAGAAAACAAGCUCAGCUUACUCUGCAGUGACCUACAGGAAACACUGGAUACUUAAAACACUGGCAGGAUACGUGGCUGGGACAGGCAUCUACAUCUUCAGGAUAUAUUUGUAUACUUACUUCUCCCUCUCUAACACUGGGCCAGCAAAGCUGCUUCAGGACUCGCCUGCCAAGAACCUUGAGAGAUGAGUUUGCUCUCCAUGGUGUGGUCCUGCACCACGGCGCUGCAGAGAGAGCCUGUUUGAAAUGCAGAGACAGGACAGAUGCAGUUCCUGUGGGGCAAACAUAGUGAAGGUGUUCUGAAAAAAGAGCUGCACCUGCUGAGAGCCAGCUGAGCUCUCAGCCCUGCUAGCCACAGGCUGGAAAACUGGGUGAUUCCAAAAGGGAGAGGGCUCAGAGCCAGUGCUUGAAGGCACAGUGAGACACUGUGCAGGGUGGUUGACUGUGUCAACUUCUCAGCCCACUGAUCAGAGGAAGCUUUUUUUAUUGCACUGCUCAUUUCCUGAGACCAGGGGUGUCAGGUCAGCAUUUCCACUGCAAGGUUUUACUGGCUGCUCCGUAACUUUUGUACUCAUGGCAGCAAGGCUGGUCCUUGCAUCCUUACAGUGAGUCCUCCAUGCUGGCACAUGCCAUGGCCAGAACCAGCAUCUCUGCAUCUCCUUCCCUGUCCAAGAGGUGACUGUGGAAGAAUUGGCCCAGGCAGGAAAUGUUCAGGGAGUCUGAUGUGGAUGUUGUCUGGCUGUGGAGAAGCCUUCUGGAGCAUAAGGGGAGGGGAGGAGUUAGUGAAAAGCAACAGAAGUGAAUUUGCAGAGCUUUACCAGAUGUUCUUGGCUACCUUGCCUGAAUUUGUAGAACAAAACUGGUCUCUAGGUAGUUUAAGCUUGUGGCUGAUGGAGAAUUUAGUUUGCCAAAUUAUUACACAUCUGCAACAGAGACAGAAAAGCAGCAGUGAGGGGUUUGCUUACUGUAAAAUACGCCUUCUGAUGUGAAUUCCUAGUGACACGCUGCCUCCUGGAUUCCUCACGGCAAGAAGCCACUUGUGCCGGGGUGACUCGUGGCCAUCCAGGCCAGGCUGUGCUGUCUGCUGUGUUGAUCAUGGAAAGGCAAGAAGUUAGUCCAGAAAGUGAUGUAAAGUGUGAACUUCGUGAUAAAAUUAAAGUGUGAAUAGUUGUAGCAGGUGUCUUCCCUUAUGGGAGCACCUCAUAUCUGUAGUUCCAUAGGAGUAAACAGUGUCAGACUUUUCCUGUGACUGUCAUUGCGUGUCCCCACGGUGUUUGCUGAGGUUUCCUGGGAGCCUUCUGUGCAGUGGGAGGUUGUUGGUAGUCUGUAGCAUUGGGCUUGUUUGGUUCCCACCCACCACUGCUCCCUUAGUGUCCUGAGCUCUCCAGACUGAACCCCAUGCUGCCGAGCCUGGAGAACUCCUGUCCUGGGCACUGCACAUGCCAGGUAGGUGCUAGUGGCAAGGGCAUGCCUUGGCACCUCUUCUGUGGGGCCCUGGAACCUCCUGGCAGGAGGGAGAGUGGGACAGAGCCGGCCGGUGCUGUGCUGGCCCUCACCUCCCCAGGUGACUCUGGGUCUGUCUCCCCAGGUGUGCCCCUGGAGCCCCAGGAGCCUGGAGAGCUGCUCCUGCUGCUCCCAAAGGGCAGGCACACCUUGCACACCCACAAGAUUACCUCAGCCUUGGAGCCUUGGCGAGAGCAGGAGCCCCUGGCAGCAGCGGGGCAGCCGGGGGCUCGGGCAGCCCAGCCUCAGCACCCGGGCUGAGCUGCAGGCGGGAGAGGCUGCUCCUCUGCUCACGAACCAGCUCUGUGAGGUGCUGCUCGGUUCAUCCACCACAGGGAAACCAAACACUUGGGGUAUUCUGGUCAUUUGUUGUGAAAUUGUUUCCUAACAGCAACAGGUUUAAAUGUCAUCGUACAAAUGGCAGAGUGAAACCUUUUAUGCAGUUGCAAAGUGGUUUUCUAAAAUGGUUGGGUUACUGAAAGUGAUUUUACUGUGCAUUAAUCUUAUGAAUGUUACUAUGUUUUAUAUUUAUUUUAGAUGACCCUCCUGUAUUUUACAAAGGGAAAUUUCAUUGUGUGAUAACUCUGUCUGUAUUCUUAAUAUAAUUUGUUAAAUGAAACUUGUUUUAAUCAGAUAAA